CUCCUUCCUCCUCCGCCUCCUCAGCUCUUGGGCUAGAAUAUCUAUGGGUCGAAACGUGAUGCGAUGAAUCCGAGAGAGACCGAAACUGGGACGAAGAGUGCGGCGGAAGCGGCGGGACUCCCAAGCAUGGGGGCUUCACCACAAUAGAGGCAGCGCCCCCACCCGCCCCCGCCAGCCCUCCGGAGCGAAGCCCCCAAACCCCCUCGGGAAAAGGAUGGCGGCGGCACCUACCCAGAUCGAAGCCGAGCUGUAUUACCUGAUCGCAAGGUUUUUGCAGUCCGGACCUUGUAACAAAUCUGCUCAGGUGCUAGUGCAAGAGCUCGAAGAGCAUCAGCUGAUUCCGCGCCGCUUAGACUGGGAAGGGAAAGAGCACCGAAGAAGCUUCGAGGAUCUGGUGGCAGCCAAUGCACACAUUCCUCCAGACUACCUCCUUAAGAUUUGUGAGAGGAUUGGCCCUUUAUUAGAUAAGGAGAUCCCUCAGAGUGUUCCUGGGGUACAGACAUUACUAGGUGUCGGUCGGCAGUCUCUGUUACGGGAUGCCAAAGACUGUAAAAGUACACUAUGGCGUGGAUCUGCUUUUGCAGCUCUCCACAGAGGCAGACCUCCAGAACUACCUGUAAAUUAUGUGAAACCUCCAAAUGUGGUGAAUAUCACCUCAGCCAGGCAAUUAACCGGAUGUAGUCGCUUCAGCCAUGUUUUCCCCUCAUCUGCUUACCAGCACAUUAAGAUGCAUAAGAGAAUUCUGGGACACUUAUCUUCUGUCUACUGUGUAGCCUUUGAUCGAAGUGGGAGGCGAAUUUUUACAGGUUCAGAUGACUGUUUGGUGAAAAUCUGGGCUACAGAUGAUGGACGCCUCCUUGCCACACUGCGAGGGCACUCUGCUGAAAUCUCCGACAUGGCUGUUAACUAUGAAAAUACUCUCAUUGCUGCAGGCAGCUGUGACAAAGUUGUGAGAGUAUGGUGUCUUCGAACUUGUGCACCAGUUGCUGUCCUUCAGGGACAUUCAGCUUCUAUUACUUCCAUACAGUUUUGUCCAUCAACUAAAGGCACAACUAGAUACCUCACUUCUACUGGUGCUGAUGGAACAAUUUGUUUCUGGCAAUGGCAUGUAAAAACAAUGAAGUUUAGAGAUCGCCCAGUAAAAUUUACUGAGAGAUCCAGACCUGGAGUUCAGAUAUCUUGUUCAUCUUUCAGUUCUGGUGGCAUGUUCAUUACAACAGGGAGCACUGAUCAUGUUAUUAGAAUAUACUAUUUGGGUUCUGAGACACCUGAGAAAAUUGCUGAAUUAGAAUCACAUACGGACAAAGUUGUUGCUGUUCAGUUCUGUAACAAUGGAGACAGCUUAAGGUUUGUUAGUGGAAGCAGAGACGGAACAGCAAGAAUAUGGCAAUAUCAACAACAAGAGUGGAAGAGCAUAGUGCUAGAUAUGGCUACUAAGAUGAGUGGGAAUAAUUUGACAUCUACAGAAGACAAAGUCACUAAACUGAAGGUGACUAUGGUGGCUUGGGAUCGGUAUGAUACCACUGUUAUUACUGCAGUGAACAAUUUUCUUUUGAAAGUGUGGAAUUCUGUCACUGGGCAGCUUCUUCAUACUUUAUCUGGCCAUGAUGAUGAAGUGUUUGUUCUAGAAGCACAUCCAUUUGAUCAAAGGAUCAUACUUUCAGCAGGUCAUGAUGGGAACAUUUUUAUUUGGGACCUUGACCGAGGGACCAAAAUACGAAAUUACUUUAAUAUGAUUGAAGGCCAAGGUCAUGGGGCAGUGUUUGACUGUAAAUUUUCACCAGAUGGAAACCAUUUUGCCUGCACAGAUUCUCAUGGGCAUUUGUUGCUAUUUGGCUUUGGAUGCAGUAAAUACUACGAAAAGAUUCCAGAUCAGAUGUUCUUCCAUACUGAUUAUCGGCCACUCAUCAGAGAUGCCAAUAACUAUGUAUUAGAUGAACAAACUCAACAAGCUCCUCACCUCAUGCCUCCCCCAUUCUUGGUGGAUGUCGAUGGAAAUCCUCAUCCUACAAAGUUUCAACGGCUGGUACCAGGACGGGAAAACUGUAAAGAUGAACAGCUUAUUCCACAGUUGGGAUAUGUGGCUAAUGGUGACGGUGAGGUAGUAGAACAGGUAAUUGGGCAGCAAACCAAUGACCAAGAAGAAAGCAUUCUUGAUGGAAUAAUCAGGGAGUUACAGAGAGAACAAGAUCUCAGAUUAAUUAAUGAAGGAGAUGUUCCACAUUUUCCAAUUAAUAGAUCGUAUUCUGUUAAUGGUGCUCUGAGUAGUCCAAAUAUGGACAUACCUUCUUCCCCAAAUAUUGGCCUUCGUCGUAGUGGCCAAAUUGAAGGUGUUCGGCAGAUGCACAACAAUGCUCCCCGGAGCCAGAUGGCCACUGAAAGGGACCUCAUGGCCUGGAGCCGAAGAGUAGUGGUGAAUGAACUAAAUAGUGGUGUUAGUAGGGUACAAGAAGAAUGUCGAAAUGCAAAAGGUGACCUAGAAGUUAGUCUUUAUACUGUUGAAAAGAAGAAAAAGCCAUCUUAUCCUAUCCAAAGAAAUGAUUAUCAGCCCAGCUGUGGCAGGUCUUUACGGAGGACACAACGCAAACGACAGCACACUUACCUAACAAGGUCCAACAUAGAGCAUAAUUCACAGGCAUCAUCUCAAACUUCAGGUGUACAAGAAGAUUCAGAAAGCUCUUCAGAGGAAGAUGAAACUGUUGGCACAAGUGAUGCUUCUGUAGAAGACCCUGUGGUUGAGUGGCAAAGCGAAAGUUCUUCCAGUGAUUCAUCAAGUGAAUAUUCUGACUGGAUAGCAGAUGCUGGGAUAAAUUUGCAGCCUCCCAAAAGACAAACAAGACAAGCAACACAGAAAAUAUACAGCAGCUCUGAAGAUGAAAAUUUGAAGUCACUAGAAGAUAGGCAGAAGAAACCGAAGCAGACUAGAAAGAAGAAAGGGGGACUUGUUUCUAUGGCAGGUGAACCCAAUGAAGAAUGGCUUGCCCCUCAGUGGAUCUUAGAUACCAUACCACGAAGGUCUCCUUUUGUCCCACAGAUGGGAGAUGAGCUUAUUUACUUUAGACAAGGACAUGAAGCUUAUGUGCGAGCUGUAAGAAAAUCAAAAAUAUAUAGUGUUAAUUUACAAAAACAGCCAUGGAACAAAAUGGACCUCAGGGAGCAAGAAUUUGUGAAGAUUGUAGGAAUCAAAUAUGAGAUUGGACCACCUACGCUAUGCUGCUUAAAACUUGCAUUUUUGGAUCCAAUUUCAGGCAAAAUGACUGGAGAAUCUUUUUCCAUUAAGUAUCAUGACAUGCCAGAUGUCAUUGAUUUCCUUGUGUUACAUCAGUUUUAUAAUGAAGCCAAAGAAAGGAACUGGCAGAUUGGUGAUAGAUUCCGCAGUAUAAUAGAUGAUGCCUGGUGGUUUGGAACUGUGGAAAGUCAGCAGCCUUUUCAGCCAGAAUAUCCUGAUAGCUCUUUCCAGUGUUACAGUGUUCACUGGGACAAUAAUGAAAGAGAAAAGAUGAGCCCCUGGGAUAUGGAGCCAAUUCCAGAUGGAACUGCUUUUCCAGAUGAAGUUGGUGCUGGUAUUCCUGUGUCCCAGGAAGAACUAACUGCAUUGCUGUACAAACCCCAGGAAGGAGAGUGGGGGGCUCAUUCCAGAGAUGAGGAGUGUGAACGAGUUAUUCAGGGCAUCAACGACCUUCUUUCCCUGGAUUUUGCCAGUCCUUUUGCUGUUCCAGUGGAUCUCAGUGCCUACCCCUUGUAUUGUACUGUAGUUGCUUAUCCAACUGACCUCAAUACCAUCAAACAAAGACUUGAAAAUCGGUUUUACAGGAGAAUAUCAGCAUUAAUGUGGGAGGUACGCUAUAUUGAACAUAAUGCUAGGACUUUCAAUGAGCCAGAUAGUCCUAUAGUUAAAGCAGCCAAGGUUGUGACUGAUGUCCUACUUCGGUUUAUUGGGGAUCAAAGCUGUACUGAUAUUUUGGAUACUUACAAUAAAAUCAAAGCAGAAGAUCCAAACAGCAGUGAUCCGGAGGAGGAUUCAGAAAUGGUUGACUUAGAUUCAGAUGGUCCUGGCACUUCGUCUGGAAGGAGGGCCAAAUAUCGAGGCAGACGACAGUCUCUGAAGUGUAAUCCUGAUGCUUGGAAAAAGCAAUGCAAAGAGCUACUGAGCCUCAUUUAUGAACAGGAAGACUCAGAACCCUUUCGACAGCCAGCAGAUUCUCAUUCUCACCCAACUCAACAACAACAAGAAGGAGAAUCCUCAGAAUCAGUUCCUCCAGAUAGACAAGAUCCAUCUCUUUCUGAGGAUUAUCAAGAUGUUAUAGACACACCUGUGGACUUCAGCACUGUGAAAGAAACUUUGGAAUCAGGAAAUUAUGAUAAUCCUCUGGAAUUUUAUAAAGAUGUUCGCCAAAUAUUCAGCAACUCCAAAGCUUAUACUUCUAAUAAAAAGUCAAGGAUCUAUAGCAUGACGCUGAGAUUGUCUGCCUUAUUUGAAAAUCACAUUAAAAAUAUCAUCUCUGAAUAUAAGUCAGCAAUCCAGAGUCAGAAGAGGAGAAGACCACGGUACAGAAAGCGUCUGAGAAGCAGUAGCAGCUCGUUGUCUAGCAGCAGAGCUCCCAGUCCAAAAGGGAAACAGAAGCAAAUGAAGUUACAACCUAAAAAUGACCAGAAUACCUCAGUGGCUUAUGCCAGGACUAGCUCUCCUUUUUCUUCUCCUGUUUCAGAUGCUGCUGAAGGUGUUUCACUGUAUCUGCUUGAUGAUGAAGGGGAUGGGCCUUUUUCUCCAUCAAGUUUCAGUGGAUAUAGUAGAAGUGGAAAUAGCCAUGACCCAGGGAAAGCCAAAUCAUUUCGUAAUAGAGUUUUACCAGCUAAACAAGAUCACUCCCUUGAUGGGCCUCUUACAAAUGUUGAAGGCAGAGAGCCCCGGACAGGAGCCAAAAGAAAACUACUCAGUGCUUCAGAAGAAGAUGAAAGCAUGGGAGCAGAAGAAAAAGAAAUGAAAGAAACAAAGGAAAAAGCACAUUUAUCUUCCUCUGAGAGUGGAGAGUUAGGCUCCAGUUUAAGUUCAGAAAGUACCUCUGGCUCUGACUCUGACUCUGAAUCCACUUCCAGAACAGAUCAAGAUUAUGUUGAUGGAGACCAUGACUAUAGCAAAUUCAUACAAACCAGACCUAAAAGAAAACUCAGAAAACAGCAUGCCAAUGGAAAAAGAAACUGGAAGACAAGAGGCACAGGAGGAAGAGGCAGAUGGGGAAGAUGGGGUAGAUGGAGCAGAGGAGGCAGAGGAAGAGGUGGCAGGGGGCGAGGGGGUCGAGGAAGAGGUGGAGGUGGGGGAAGAGGGAGAGGACGAGGAAGAGGAGGAAGAGGUGCCUCUAGAGGAGCGAGCCGAGCCAAACGAGCACGAGUUGCAGAUGAUGAAUUUGAUACGAUGUUUUCAGGACGUUUCAGUAGACUUCCACGGAUUAAAACAAGAAACCAAGGCAGGAGAACUGUUUUAUAUAAUGAUGAUUCAGAUAAUGACAACUUUGUGUCCACUGAGGAUCCUCUGAAUCUUGGUACAUCCAGAUCAGGCAGAGUACGUAAAAUGACCGAAAAAGCCAGGGUUAGCCAUCUUAUGGGAUGGAAUUAUUAACAGUUAAAGAUUUUAAAAUAGUUUUUAAAAAUAAAAUCACUGGCCUUCUACUGCAGGGAAUUUAUCAGAAAAUCUACAAAGCAAGUUGUGUGGGGACUUCUGCUUCCUUUCACAUUGGUGCUUUUCCAUUAUGCCAGUAUACAUUUAUUUCAAGAUCUCCACACUUCAUUUGUUCAAACAAGCCUUACUCAUUAGGCCUUAAAUUAAAACAAAUUCUACCCACACAUAUAUGUGUGUGCAUAUACACAUGCACGGACAUGCGCUCACUCGCGCACAUACAUACAUACACACACAAACACACACACACACACAGACACACUACAGAUUUACUACAUUAAAGGAGCAUUCUGCUUCUUAAGAGUAGCAUGACAUUUUUAUCUCAAUAAGAUAUCCCUCUUUGCUUUUGUAUCACAGAAGUAUAGCACCUUCUUACAGAGUUUUAUAUAGUUUGUUUUUGCCAUUUUGAUUCCUAUACCCAGUAAUAAUAACUUUUGCACAAUACACCAAUCCUAAAGGCAGCUAUUAAAUGUUUACAGUUUCUAUAUUGUAAGAUCGAUCUGGAUUAUUUUACUCUUCCCAGGCCAAACUUUCACGAACUUUACUGAACUGAAGUAUAUAUUUAUACUGCAGUUUUGGGGUGGGGUGGGGGGUAUCUUGAUAUGCUUUUCAUUGAUUUGCUUAAUUCACGUUUAAGGUGAGAAAGGGUUGGUGCCUUGUAAAUAUGUAGCAAAUCAUUGUGGUGUGUCCUGAUGUGUGCAUUAACUUUAUUAAAAGAGAAUACUUGAGGUAUCAAUCUAGACAAGGUGCCAAAUGCAAAAGUUUCUUGCAUCCAUUUUUCUUUUCCUGUUAUAUUUUAUUGCAUUAAUAGAACUUGUGUAGCUUAAACGUAACUUAAACAUUUGAAAAAAAAAAUCCUCAUCCACAAAGAAUAACUUCUUUGAACAGUAGCUCAGCUACCUCUAUUAACUACAACUACUGGAAAAGCUAAGGAGAAUAGAUGCUGUUACUCAUUACUAAGGAGAAAUAGAACAAGCUUGGUAGGGAUGAAAACUCCUAAGUUAUAAGCUGAGAAUUUUCAAUAAUCAUAUUGGCUCUCAAAUUAAUAGUUGUAAUUAACAAGAUUUCCUAAGUAUUAUAUGCUCUAGGCUUUUAUAGAACAUAUUUGUGUAAGUGGACUUGCUCUACUGCAUAUAUUUCUCUGCUACCACUUACUAUUUAACAGCUGUGAGUUACUGGUUUUCAUUUGAAUCAUAAAUAGUAUCAAAGCACCUAACUUGAGCUGGACUAUUUUGGCUAGCUAAUACUUGGAAGCAACUUUAAUAGGUUCUUCUGUUCUCAUUCCAAAGGGUUCUUUUGUUCUAGACUUCCAGAAAAGAGCCUCAUUGCACUGCAAACAGAUAUUUUGAAUUGUUAUUUUAUAGUUGAAAAACAAAAACAAAAAAAAAACCCUUUAAAAUCAUGUAUGGUCUUGUUUACAGCAAUAGAGUGCACGUGCUUCCACAAGCGAGCUUCAGUUCCAAGAUCAAUUUUAUUCCUCAAAUUUGAGAUAACAGAUGUGCUACUUUGUUACAAAAUCUUGAAGUGGGAGGUGGGAUAAUAAUUGAUCUCUGCUUUUAUAACAGCAGUUUUGUUACACUUAGAUCAGACUUGUGUGAUAAAACAUUUUCUUAAUGUAUGCCUGGUAGCCCAGGAUAUUUCUUAAGCUGACGUGUGUGUCUCAUGCUUUUAAUCAUUUCAUGCAUCUGAAAAUCUGUUAAAUGCAGAGGAAGGAGUACACACAUAACUUUGCUUUUUUGGUGGGGUUGGGGUCUUUAUUCUUGAACUAAUACUCUUAAGCAAUUUUCACUUGCAGUAGAAAUGAUAUUCAGGCUUUAAGAAAAUAUAGUGAACUGUUAAUGGCACUAAUGUCUGUUGCUAGAGAGCAGACCAAGCUGAUAUUUUUUGUUGUUUUUCUUCACUAUACCAAAACUAUUUCUGGUUAUAAACUCAACUGCCAUUUUAGCCAUAGUAUAGAUUCAAAAUGUUCCCAUCUGAGAGUCUACAUUUGAUUUUUUACUAAAAUAUACUAUUUCAUUUAUUCAUCUCUUGGGCAUUUAGACUAAAUUGUGCCUGUCUUUUCCUGGAGUCAGUAACAUUUUAUCUUAUAACAAUCAACAUACUAUAGUUGCUUAAAUUCCUGGAUAUACCCAUAUGUAUAUCAUAUGUACCAUUUUAAUAUGAAAUUUUUGUUGACAUUCUUCUAUGAAGAGCUGACUCUUGAAAUGUAGAAGAAUUGUCAUUUGUGUGAUAUUAGCAGUCUGGAGCUUUAUUUAUAAUUUAUUUUGAAAAAUAAAAAUGCCACAUUUAUUCCCCAAAUGUCAAGAUUUUCUAGGCUUACAUAAUUAGAAUAAUAAGGCUAAAGACAUUUUUAAGCAUAUUUUAUAUGUAGUGAAAUACUGUGAAAUACUAGUGAACAGCCUUUUGCUGUGAUGUUGAUUUCAGUCAUUAGAAUUUAAAGAGUUAGUCACCAGGGUAUGGUAGGUGAGUAUAGUUAUCAUUUAUUAUAAAUCAAACAGAUACUUUUCUGUUUGCAUGCAAAUUAUUUUCAUAAGUGUGAAAAUAAAAGUCUGGGAAAUAAUAUUUUUACUUUUUUAAUCUGGACUUCCCCUUUCCCCAAUUUAUAUUUUAGGUUUUUUAAUACUACUUCCUACAAAUGUGUCAUAAUUUGUAUCAUAAUGAAUACUCUAUCAUUUCAGUUUUCUAGAGAUCUUUUAAAACCUAAAUAAGAUCUAGGUUCAGCCAUAGCAAAGAAAGUAGGGAAUGAGUUAAGAAUUGUGCAAAUGUAGACCACUGUUCUAUUUAGGCCCAUGAGAGCAUACACAUGUAAAAGUUUAAUCCUAUGCUAUAUCUGAAGUCAAUAACUAUAACAUUUCCCAUGAAUGCUAAUGUUCAGAUUCCAAGCUUUAUGACCUUAGCAUGUGUAUAUGUUUAUAAAAUUGAAUCAUGUUUUCCCCCCUCUGGCUUGCUGUAUGUAUCUCAGCUAGCAAUAGGAUGCUCUCCAAAACAUGCACAAAACCACUAGCCUAAUGACUAAAUUUGUUUUUGUAAAAGUCCUUGUGUGCUUAUGUGUAUGUAGCUUUUUCCUAGUUUGACAUACCUUAUCCCAGACAUUAAAAAGAGAGUCUAUUUUCUAUAGAGGACACUGUCUACCAAUUAUUUGCCUCUUUAGAGCUCAGCCUGUGCAUUUAUUAAUGCUUAAUCAUCCAUGUUAUUAUGUCUUCUAGAUGACAAUUCUGGUUUUGUCAUGUAAGUGUGUCCCUCUUUUCUUUUAAUUUAAUUUGGUCUUUGUAUUUUCUCUUUUCCCUCCACAGAAAUCAGGCUUAUUCUAGAAAUUGUUCCUAGGGUGCUUUGUUUCCCCCAGAGACAAAGGAACUGAGUAAAAUUCCUAAGUUUCCUUCUACACACUUUAGUUCCCUUUACACCUAAAUUAGCUUUCAAAUAUUGUAAAUUAGAGUGAUUUAUCUUUUGCUUUUGUUUUAAUCAUGUAGAUUGUCAUCAGACAAUACAGUGAUUAAAAGAGAAAGAUGUGAAUGCCACUUAUGACUUUUGAAUAAAACUUUUCAGAGCAUUUUUCAGAAUCUGUAAGUUUGUGAUAAUGAUACACACCUUAGUAUAUGUGGAAUCAUUUUAUGCACAAUUGCCAGCUGGUACUUCUUUAAAGCUGCAUUUUCAUGCCCUCAAAAAGGAGUCUUAAAACAUGUGAUUUUCACUACAUUUCGGUGUUCAGCCUUUUAAGCUAUUACCAUAACAUUUGAAAAUCUGAAAUUAAUAGUUCUAGGGGAAGGAAUGGAACUUUUGAUAUUUAAAGUCCUUUAUUCUAAAUGCUAACCACAUUCACCAACAUCUUUGUGGCAGGCGAGGCUUUAUGAAUGUUACUGAAAAUAUUCUAAGAUCAAUUUAAGACUUGUUUUUAAAAUUCAUGGUGAAAUAUUUGCAUGCUGUUUUUUUCUUUACAUCUCUUAACACCCAAAUGUUAAUUUACCACAUUUACAAAGUUUUGGGUAAAAUCCAAUUCAAAUGAAAUGUUCUUAUGGUGCUGUAUUUUAUGGAACAUGGAGAGCACUCAGGUUUCUUGAUAUUUGUUCCUUACUAUGGUCUUAUAAUCCUUGAGUAUUUCUUUGUUGUCUUUCCUCUCGGGCUUGCUCUUAUAUCUCCUUCUUUUCCACAAUGAAGACUGUUCUUCACAUAGCAUACUUCAAUCAGACUGGAAAUUUCAUAUUCAUUCCUAAGAGAAAAAAUAGAAAGGCCCUCCAGUUUAGAGUUAAGGUGUGUUUAUAUGUAUGCCCAUUUCUUAUUCUUAUACCUAUCUUAACUAAAUCUAGAAUAUGGGACUUAGACAUAUAAAAGCAUUGUAAUUAUUUUCUAAAAAAAAAAUAAAAUUAUUGAUACAUAUUGAGAUCGCAUUCAUAAUUUACUUUUAAAAUCCCAUACUGAAAUAUCUAGAAACCCAGUUGGAAAAUGUCUUUGCAUAUGUCACCAGAUAUACAUUAAGCAGUACUACAAAUGUUAAUUUUUAAACAAUACCGUGGUGAUGGCAAUCAGUAAUUUAUUUCUUUGUUCUGUAACUUAUCAUCCUUGUUUUUUUGUAAUCCUUUACACAGUAUUAACAAAACUGUACUUUAUAUUUGUUCUUAGUGUCCAUAAAUUUUAAAAUGGAAAAACAUUCAGUUAAUAGUUGAUGUGCUGUUGUGUAUGGGCAGAAUGUCCAUUAAACUAAAAUUCAGUGGGGAAGAAAGGUCAACAAAACUGGCUUGGUUUAUAAAAUAUGUUUUGUUUGGCAGUUGUUGGUCAUUAUAAGCAAUUACUUUCAAAGACAAAAAAUACUGGACUAAAUUUGUUGCCAUUCUUUAUGGGAUGUUUACAAUAAAAUUCCAAGUUGUUUGGAAUCAGUUGCACUCUCGCUGCUUUAUGCCUUAAUUCAUACUAGAGAUAAAUUAACAAGACAAAAGAAUUAUAAGAGCUAUGAAGUUAACCUUUCCAACUAUCCAGCUUUAGAGAUUGUAUCAUGUAAUCCAUGCGUCUUCUUGUCAUAAGGUAUUUUAUUAUUAUCGUUUUUGAAUUAUUAGAAACUGAGUUGCUUCCUAUGGGGAAAAAAAAGAUGUUUCCUAUUCUUGCUGAUAUUCUUUGGAUCACCUUUAGGUAAUCAAUAUGAUGGUAUCACUUUAAAAUGUGGGCUGUUUGGUGCGUUAAAUAGCAUCCCCAUGCGCUCACAAGCUCUUCAUUCUGCAGAGCUUCUUGAGUUGGCUAGAUUUUAAUAUACUUACUGUUAAAUUUGAACAGUGGAGGUAUGUGGAUACCCAGUGGUUUUUUUUUUUUUAUUUGUGGUUGAAUUGCCUGUUGACUAUGACUUUAUUAUGAAUGGUGCUUUAACUGGAUGCACAUCUAGGAGGGAGAGAAAUGAAGUGAGCUGGGGUCUGAAUGUUUUACCAGGAACACUCAUCCUUGGCCUUAAAUCUAUGCCCACAACUUUUCUCCCAAUGUCAAGAAUUCUACUGAGUUCAAGAUAAAUAAGCUUCCAAAAGACUGGUCUGCAUCUUUUAUGGGUAGCUUGUCUGUUAUGUGUUUUUAGAAUUGAGAAGACUUGUAGAAUAGUUCACCUCUCUUCUGGCGGUAUUGGAUCAAUUGACUGACAGCCCAAUUUUCACAAUUCCCAGAUUGAGGUCAGGGUAUAUUUGUGUUAUUUUUGUUUAGCUGUUUGACUGCUUUAACCCUAUCUACUAUGUGAAUAUGUUACAUUAAAAAUUCUUUGUUAGAA